UAAAUAAAAAGUAUUCAAAAUGUAUGAAAAUUUAGCCCAAUUGUUUUAAUAGCACCAUGACAUUUUCAUUACAGAUGUGAAGGGGGAGGGGCACUAUUGUUCAUAAAAAUGGAUACUGAAAAUUGCAAAGACAUUUAUUCCAUGACAAGGAAGGCAGUGUACUUGGAUUACAAUGCAACAACUCCACUGGCUUCAGAAGUCCUUGAAGCAGUUUAUUUAGCCUUGAAAUAUAAUUGGGGGAAUCCAAGCAGCUCGUAUAGUGCUGGCUUACAAGCAAAGCAGGUUAUUGAGGAAGCCCGAAAACAUGUUGCUGACAUGAUUGGAGCCAAAAGCUCAGAUAUCAUCUUCACAUCAGGAGGCACAGAGAGUAAUAAUCUAGUGAUUCACAGUGCUAUGCAAUUCUUUCACAACUGGAUCAGAGACAAGCACCAGAAUUGUACAGCAUGCAGUCUGUCUUCAAACAAAUCUAUAUGCCCUCAUGUUAUAACAACCAACAUAGAGCAUGAUUCUGUAAAACUACCACUGGAACAUCUGGUUUCACGGGGUCUUAUUGUCCCAACCUCCUCCCUUUCUCUUCAAAACUUAUUUAAGUAUAACACAGGAAAGCCGAGAGAAGCCCAGCUACUUGAACCUGUUGCAGAAAUAGCUGAGAGUAUCCGGUACAAAAACAAAGAAAGGGGCAGACAGCAAUGCCCCCUUGUACCAAUUUUACUUCAUACAGAUGCUGCACAAGCUCUGGGCAAGAUCCCUGUCAAUGUUUCAGAUCUUAAUGUUGAUUUCCUAACAGUUGUGGGUCAUAAGUUUUAUGGACCAAGAACAGGAGCUUUGUUUGUUCGUGAAAAUCAGUCAUAUUCCAUACUUUUUCCAUCUUUAUUUGGUGGAGGACAGGAAAGAGGGUAUAGGCCUGGAACUGAAAAUGUUGCAAUGAUUGCUGGACUUGGAAAGGCUGCAGAAUUAGUCGUCAAUAAUCUGGAUACAUUCUCAACACAUAUGGAAGAUGUUCGAAGCUAUUUAGAAACUCAGUUAAAGGUAACAUUUGGUGAAACUAUAAGAUUCAACAGUCAACGCUAUCAAGUUCCUCGACUUCCUAAUACUGCUAGCAUUGCUUUUUUGGAUGAGAAAUUAAGUGGUCAAGAUAUUUUAGCUAAAGCAACCAUGUUACAAGCAAGUACUGGAGCAGCAUGCCAUAAGACAACCAAGGACCGAGCCCAUGUUGAAAGAGUUAAAGAAGAUAGGAGCUUAGUCCAGGAGUGUAGACCUUCCUCAGUUCUUGUAGCUUCUGGUGUACCUGAAAACCUUGCAGCUCGCACUCUCAGACUCAGUGUAGGACGGGAAACAACCCAAAGGGACAUUGACCUUGUUGUUCAAAAUCUGAAGAAUGCAGUUUCUUCUUUGCAGUAAUAGUUGUUCCUGAUCUGUAUAUUAGCUGAAAAAAAAUAGGAUUCUGGAAUAGUGUUUAAGUAUUGUAAACAAAAUCUGCUUAGGCUUGAUUGAUAUUUAUGCUUAUCUUCUUUUCGAAACUCCUUUUUUUUUUCCUCAAGCAUUUAGUGUUAUACAUACACAUACAUACAUACAAAUAUUUCAGUCUAGAAUCAUCAAAGCCGGUAAAUAAAUAUAAGUUCCUCAACUGUGUACCUUCUAACAUUUUAUUUUUAUGACAUGGUUGUCUUCUCCUUGUUUUUUUCUCUAGGUAGAAAGUUUGUGCCAGUGGAUGUGACUUGUUUGAAUUUUGGAUUUUCGUAGUUUUAAAGGUGUCUAAUUUAUUGUAUAAAAAAAAAGUUAAAAACAUUAAUUAUGGAUUGGAUUAUCAUUUUGUAUCUAUUCUGUUUUCUAAGGAAAUUAUGCAGGAAAAUGGAAAUAUUAUCACGAACACAUCGUAAAACUACUGAUCAAUUUAAAGCGUAUAAUAUACAAAAUUAUCUUGUUAAAAGUUUUUAACAAUUUAGGUUUAUGUAACAAAAUAACAAAUUUAUUUCUUUUCUUUUUUAUUUAUUAAAUUGUUAACUUAUAAGUUGUUACAUGGUAUUGAAUAGGACUGCCUAGUCAUGGAAUGUUUGUUUUGUUUUAGAAUGAAAGGCACAGAUCCCUUUUUUCACUUCUUUUUUGUUGUAUAAGAAGCAUCACUUGCUACUUUUUUUAAAAGUAGUCUAUCCUGAGGUAUUAAAAAAAAUUAAAGUAUUAGAACUUUGAAUAAGAGGAUGUUAGUUUUAGAUUGGAACUACGAGUUUUAAUAAGUGAGGAUUUUUUGUUUUAUUUUGUUAUGGAAAUUUAAAAGUAAAGACUUCACCUUUGUAUACUUUAUAGACUGUGUGAUUAAAAUUGUGAAAAUUACCAUGAUAUUUUUAACUUGUUUGAAAUAAUACUUUGUAAGUUAGUGUACUUUCAAAUGUGAAUCCAUGAUUACCAAAGACCUGUGAUAUUGGCAACCAGUACAUACGUUGAAUUAAACAUUUUCUGCUAGAUAUGAAAACAAAAUCAACUGAUCUUGGAUAGAGUUUUUCAUUAGUGGUCAAUGAACGUGUAAGACACCAGUUAUAUAACAAAGAUUAGUUUACAAGUGGAAUUUACUUGGUUAAUCUAUUGCCUCAGUUUAUGUAUGAAUAAGCUAUCUUUAUAUGGAGGAGCUGUUCAUCAUUAACCCUUGUCAAGAUCUUCAAACAAUUUGAGUGGACAACUAUGUCACACUCAUCUAAUGCAUAUUCCAGUACACUUGAUCUAAAAUAUGCAUGCUUUUUCACUCGUCUUACCCAAUAAAACGUAGGUGUAAAUUGAUUUAUGCCUACCUUGUGUUCGUUAAUGGGGUGUAACUUUUUUAAAACAUUUGUACACAAAUCUGUUUUCCCAAUCCCUGUCAUGAGGUCAAAAUUUUGUUCUUUAAGACCAAUUUUGUGGCUCAGUUUAUUUGUGACAAUGAUUUAUUUACAUCUUUAUCACACAUUUAUUUGUAAAAGAUAUUUGUAGCUGUAUCCUGAUUCUGUGUGGGCUAGGUGUGAAGUAGUGGUUAACUUGCGAAGUGGCAAUUCAAAGAGCUCAAGGUUUGAGCCACUGAGAAUGCUCCAAUCUUUCUGCUGAGGAAGUGUGAUAUGUGUGAUAGUCAAUACUAAUAUUUAGUUAAGAGUAGUCGCUGUUACUUUCCCUCCUUCUGGUGAGCUAUGAUGGAACCUUGGGGGUCUCUGAUUCGUCCAUUAUCUCAUGUUGCAUAGGAUGCCUUACAGAUUGAAAAUAUCAAAUACUGUGUGAACAAAUGCUCCAGGAUCCCAAACAAUGAUUCUUUUAUACUACGUAGCCACAUCAUUAUGUAUGUAUAUAUGUUUCAAGUAUAUCUUUCAGAUACAAAAAUAGAAAAUUGCACUAACUAUUUAUAUUUGAAAUUGAAAGAAAUACUAACUGCUCAAAGUAGAAAUAGGAAUAUGGCCAUUUCUGUAAUGACAUUACUAAAUGUAACAUAGAUAGUUUUACAUUAUCUUGUGUCUUUGUUGAUUGAAAGAACAUGAAGAAGACAGCAUGAAAAUCAAUAGAUGAAGAAUUUUACUUUUUGAUCGAAUGAAAAUUCUGUAGUUUAUUAAUCUCUAUCCUGUUUUAAACCUGUUUCCAAGAAGGUCAAGUCAAUCAGGAUUUUGUGUGUACUAUCUUUAAUCAAGAAGUUCUAUUGUCAUUGUUGAAAUAAUAGUAAGUUUGUUUAUUUUUGGGUAAAUUGUGUUACCCAUUUUCUCAUUUAUAACAUAAAGUACUACUCUAAGCAAGAAAUUUAUGCUGUUUUCGUUUUUAUUGAGUUUACAAAUGUGUCGUUCACAAUCGUAGUAUUUGUUUUAUAUGAUGGAAUGUUUGGACUUGUAAACUUGAUAAGUAUUUAAAAUUAGGAACAAAUAUAAAACGUUUUGGCCAGUUCAUGGAAAAAUGUUGGAAUUUGCUUUAAAAUUUUUAUUAAUGGGUUCUCUGUAAACAACAGGAUUUUAGUAUACUGUAGAAUUCCCAUCUUUUGAAACUGAUAGGUAUACAAGCAUUUUUUAAAUAGAAAUUGUAUAUGUAUGACAACUUAGAUCUUAAUUCGCUUGAUAUAUACUCAUCUCAACCAGUAGAUUCCCUCCAGUAUUUGUUAAUUAUAUGGAUAUUUGUCAAUUAGAGCAUUUAUAAUUAAAAGGAAUACUUUUAUUUGAGUUUUUCUUUAAAUAAUUAUAACUUGAUAAUGUAAAAGUUUACUUCCAAAUCUAUAUCUUAAAACUUCCUGUAAGCAGAAGAUAUGUGAUAAAAAUAAAUAAAUAAAAGUAUUUG